CCUGGCCCGCCCAUGGCUAGCAACAACACUGCUAGCAUAGCGCAAGCCCGCAAGCUGGUGGAGCAGCUGAAGAUGGAGGCCAACAUCGACAGGAUAAAGGUGUCAAAAGCAGCAGCAGACCUGAUGGCAUACUGCGAAGCCCACGCCAAGGAGGACCCUCUAUUGACCCCCGUCCCGGCCUCAGAAAACCCCUUUAGAGAGAAGAAGUUCUUCUGUGUGAUCCUGUAAACCCUCGAGGAGCCUGACCGGCACUCAGGCCACCCUGAACACUGAUGUAGAGUUUUUAGGAACGGGGACGACCUGCUAGUCCGCAGAAUUUAAACAAAAAAUAAGUAAAAUACACGGCCUGGAAGCUACAGGGAUGUGCAUGUUUAAAGAACCUGGCCACCUUUGGGGGAAUAAGAUGAUCUGCAUUGCAAGGCAAAAGAUCUGAAGUCUGUAGAGUUGCCUAGAAAGAAAAAAAAAAA